AGAAAAGAAAUCUUCAUGGGCAUUUUGUGAUCAUGACGACGUUGGCGUAUUAUAGGAUUUUAUGUAAGAGAGAGAGAUAUAUAGAGAGAGAAAACACAGGUCAAAGCAAAGCAGUUGGUUGGUGUGUUGUUAUAUUAUAUAGAGCAUAUAAUGAUUUUCGGUGAAGAAGAAGAUCAGAAACUCGUGAUUAUCAGAAUUCUCUUUUAAUUCUCUCUCUCUCUCUCUCUCUCUGCAAACAGCAAAAGAGAGGGUAGAAACAGAACUGAACCAGACGCAGCAGGCAGAUAUUAUCAGUCCUCCUUAAGGAAUUUACAGCAACGUCUCUUCCUUUUCUCGUGAUCUUUUUUCUCUUUCUCUGUAUCUCUCUCUCUCAAAACCAAGAAAAAAAAAAAAAAAGGAAAAACCCUUUGGGUACACUUAUAAGUACCUUUCUCUUUCUUUAUUUCUUGUUUAUGAGCCACUCCUUUUGAAGCCUCCUUCGCCUGCUUGUGUUGUUACUAGUGUUACUGUUGCUUAAAAAUUACCUUAGCUUGACAGUUCCAAGAAAUUUGAUGGAAUAAGAAAAACAAGUUUUUUUUGAGGAGGAAAGUCGAUCAAGUGUGUUUGGACGGUGAGAAACCAUUAAAGGAAAGGUCUUUAAGAGGAAAAUUUGCUUUCCUUUGAAUACCAAGUUGGAUUUUUUGAUAAGUAAAAUAUGGGUAGUUGUGGAAGAAGUGGAACUGUUAGACAAUAUAUAAGAUCAAAAGUUCCUCGCUUGAGAUGGACUCCUGAGCUUCAUCACUGCUUUGUUCAUGCUAUUGAAAGGCUUGGUGGCCAAGACAAAGCCACUCCUAAGCUUGUUCUUCAGUUGAUGGAUGUCAAAGGACUAACCAUUUCACACGUCAAAAGCCAUCUCCAGAUGUAUAGAAGUAUGAGAAGUGAUCUGGGCAAACAAGAUAGGAAUUCUUCCCUCCAAAGAAGACAAUCUUUUGAUGAUGGAUGUUGCGUUGAUGAAGUAAAACCCAUUGAAGAAUCAGAUUCUCACUUCAUCUACAGUACAACUCUCCCUUCAAAAAGAUCAAGAAUCGAGACGAGGAGUUCAAUCUCUGAUAAAAACCUGCAAUGCAGCCAAGGAAUAUGUGAGACAGCAAUGAAUCCGUACUUUCUUGAUGAUUAUAUGGGAAUAAGAGAAGGUAAUGGUAAUGGUAGCAGUGGUGGUGGUUUCAGAUGCGAGCAGACUCAUUCUAAACCCAAAUCAACAGGCUUCUCUCUGCCACAAGAUCUUUACAGCCUCAACUCUUUCAAAUAUGCAGUGCAAGAAUCUGAUUUUCUAAAGUACUUUGUGUCGCAGAUUGCAAAGCUAGAUCAUUCGAAAUGUAAGUCAGAUGCAGAAAUUUGCAAACCUGAUGAGGCUACUGGAAGUGGAAGAGCCCAAGAAGAGGAAGGUGGUGGCUGCUGUGAGUUGUCGUUAUCGCUGUCAUUGCCACAUCUUCCAUCACAGAGAAGUAAUGCAUCUUCGACAAGCGAGAUAAGCGAGGCAGUCUCAUCAUAUUCUGCAUUGAAAGACUGUUCGGGAUCUUCUACUGGAAAACGUAGUAUUAACUUAGACCUUUCUAUUGCUCUUUGUGGUACCUAAUGUUCUUCGUGUAAAGAGAAUUCAAAUCUGUUUUUGUUGUUGAAGUUCUAUCUUUUUCAGUGUUUUUGGGAAUAUUUUAUUAGUUCAUUUUUUUAAAAAAAAUUUUUGAUUAGAUUUUAAUUUUUAGCCA